UACGUAGAUGAAAAAUAUCAGAGACUGAAACACUGUUGACUACUUCCCUCUUCUCUUUCCACUUUCUGACAAUUGUUUUCUCUUAUUUCCUUUACUUUCCCUUCCAGUUUCCUCACUUCUGCAACCCCAUCUCUUGCAUUACCUCAAUGCCCUUUUUAAAUCCUUUUUUUUCUGAGUUAUCGGUAAAUCAUUCAAUUCUAUUCAAGAUUGCUCCUUCAAUUCCAAUCAAGAUUUUGAGCUUGAUUGUCUGUGGUCAGCUUAGAUUUUUGAGUUUUAUUGUCUGCUAAGGAUUUCAAGCGAGAAGAAAUUAGGGAAACCAUAGAGUCUUUGGCUUUUCAGCUGAAAUUCAGGUACUUUAAACCCAUCCAUUUCUGGGAUGUUUGAAAGAUUUAAUCUUUUCACCUUUUUGGGAUAAUUAGUUUUCAUUCUCAUCUGGAUCUAGUUGGUAUCCACACGUGAAAACCAUCUCUGGGUUUUAAGAUCUUACCCAAGCUUUGCUGAUUUUGGGCAUUUUUUGUACUUCAAGAAAGUAUUGGCCGGUUUUACUCAUUUUAGAUCUUUGCAGUCUAUGGGUCACUGAAGUCUGAAAGGUCAUCACAUCUCUGCCAUUUUAUCUAGAAUUGACAUACUACAAGCUUUGGUCCUUAAGUCAAUUUCUACACUGAAAGCUAUAUCUAUAUAAUUUUCAUCUCAUCCUUUUCGUGAAAAUCACCUACCUCAAGGUCCAAAAGUGCUUCUGGAUUUUUAGGAUCUUCGCCAUUACGAUUUGAAUCUUUAUCAGCUAUGAUGGGAUGUCAAUCUAGCAAAACGAAAGGAGGUGAUCCAGAACCGUCCUCCCAAGUCAAGACCGAUUCUAAAUUAGAAGCUGACUUGAGCUCUUACGAGGCUGCUUGUAGACAUGAUCCAGCUUUGCAACAUUUUGAUGCAACCCUCCAUGAACGUACUAACCAUGUCAUCAGCACACUUGCUGCUGGUUUGGGGGUUUCAUCCAUAUCAUUCGACUCCCUCAAAGAGGUGACUGGUUGUCUUCUUGAAACGAACCAGGAAGUAGCCAAAAUCAUUUUAGAAAGUCAGAAAGAUAUAUGGGACAAUCCGGAAUUGUUUUCUUUGGUAGAGGAAUACUUUGAUAACAGUAAAAAGACUUUAGACUUUUGUACUGCUCUUGAGAAUUGCCUCAGACGUGCUCGAAACAACCAAUUAAUUAUUCAGUUGGCAGUUAGGAAGUUUGAGGAAGAGGUUGAGUUACAAGUUGGGACUGAUGGGAAGAAGUUUGUGAAGACCUUAGAAGAACUAAGGAAAUUUAAAGCAGCUGAGGAACCAUUCAGCAAGGAGUUCUUUCUACUGUUUGACUCUGUCCGAAGGCAGCAGGAAUCAAUGCUAGGGAAAUUGCUUGUUCGGAAAAGAAAGAUUGACAAGAAAUUGAAAUCUCUGAAAACAUGGAGGAGGGUGUCAAAUGUCUUGUUUGUAGCCACUUUUGUCUCUGUGUUGAUUUUUUCUGUGGUGGCAGCAGCCAUAGCCGCUCCACCUGUUGUAACAGCUUUGGCAGGUGCAUUGGCAGUUCCUAUUGGUUCAGUAGGAAAAUGGUGUAACUGGCUUUGGAAGCGCUACGAGAAUGAGCUAAAAGGGCAGAGAGAGCUAAUAACUACAGUGGAGCUUGGUGCUAGGAUUACAAUCGGUAACUUGGAUAACAUAAGAAUGCUUGUCGGCCGAUUGGAAAUAGAGAUCGAGUCACUGUUGCAUUAUGCUGAUUUUGCUCUUAGAGAAGAAGAUGCAGUGAAGCUUGCAUUUGAUGAGAUCAAGAGGAAGUCGGAAGAAUAUAUGGAGAUCAUUGAGAAAUUGGGUCGACAGGCUGAUAUGUGUAGCCGUGAUAUUAGGAAGGCAAGGGCAGUGGUUUUGCAGACAAUGACGAGACAGUCUGGCACGUCAACGACUGGAGACAGCCCUUGGGAACUCUAGAAAUGACAUAUCUCGCUGUGCUUAUGUUGUAUCUAUUUUGUGCUCUAGGUAAUGAAAUUCAUCCUCCAGUCGUGAGGUGACUCAAUUUGGAUUUUACCUAUAUAUAAUAAUUACAUUGUUGGCUUCUCAAAAAACAAAUAUAACAAUUACAUUGUUCAGCUGGUCUA